CAAGUAACUUAUUUACGUGUAUACUCCAUCAAUCACCUUCGUCACUUACUAACAUCUCAAAAUUUCAACACUAGUUUUUAAAAUCGCUCGAUAACUUUACAUGUCACUUUUUUACAUCUGAAAUUUUUUAACAUUAAUUUUUAAAUCCGUGCAAUAUCUUUACAUGUCAAUUUUUCAUAUAUCUCAAAAUUUCAACAUCUAUCCAUAUACCUUAUGUCGAUUCUUCAACACUAGUUAUUGAACAUUAGCAGUAUUAGCACAAACUCACAAACACCAGUUUUGGCACUUUACCCUCAAGAAAUCAGAGAUUAGCCUCUUUACAUAGGAUGCUAAAAACUGCUAAUUAGUUAACGGUAUUGGCUGUUAUGCCUGUUAUAGUAGCCAAAAAAAAAAAAAAUUUAACCAAAAAUUUCAAUAAUUUAUUUUUCAUCCUUUUUGGAAAAUCUGAAUCACUUUUGUCUCCCUCGAAAUUCCAAAGGCAUCACUUUUUCCCUCUUCAUUCUCUCUCUCUGUUUCUCUCUCCUCUGUAUAUUUUUUUGUCUGUAAGCUGUAACUCAUCUGGGUUACUGAGUUUACUCGAACCCCAACUCACCCCUUCAUUGGGUCUCUCAACUCACCUCACUUAACCCACCCACCAACCCAAAAAAACAAUUACCCCAUUUCAAAUUUGAAUGCCGUUUUCUUCUUCUUCUUCUUCCCUCUUUCUCUCUCCUCCAUUUUCUCCCGCUUUGACCGCCUCGACGACGGCGUCAUCUUCCAUUGACCCAAAUCUUCAAUACCCACUUCUUCAAACCCCAGAAAAAACCAUUUCUUCAUUCAGGCAUUUCGUCGAACACCUUUCCUACAUCCAUGAAUAAACCCAGUAAGAAACAGAGGUCUGAUCUUAACUCUGAAUCUAUCAAUACCAUUCUUCAAGAUCUAACCAUUAAAGACGACAAUGUCAGUGUUAGUGUAAGUCCUUGUAGUAGUACUACUCUUUCUGGGUCUGAAAUUAGUGGGUUUAUCAAGCCUAAUAAUAUUGGGUGCUUGCUUAAAAUGGCGGAAAAUGGAGAGAGUGAAAAGAGCGUGAGUUCGAGUAUGAGCGAGAUGAGUAAUUCUAGCAAUAAUCCCAAUAGCAAUGUCGAUGCGAGUAGCAGCUUUCGAAGUAGCAACCCCAAUAAACCUCAUAAAGGCAACGAUAUUAGAAUGGAGGCGAUUCAAUGUGUUAAAGGGAAAGAUGGUGAGUUGGGUUUAGCACAUUUUAGGCUGUUAAAGAAAUUAGGAUUUGGUGAUAUUGGAAGUGUCUAUUUAGCUGAACUUCGAGGAAUGGGGUGUUUGUUCGCAAUGAAAGUUAUGGAUAAAGGGAUGUUAGCAGGAAGAAAGAAGUUAUUGAGAGCUCAAACUGAGAGAGAUAUUCUUGGUUUGUUAGAUCACCCAUUUCUUCCAACACUUUAUUCACAUUUCGAAACCGAUAAGUUUUCUUGCUUGCUUAUGGAGUUUUGUAAUGGUGGUGAUCUUCAUAUUCUUCGGCAGCGGCAGCCUAGCAAGCAUUUCUCCGAGCAGGCGUCGAGGUUUUAUGCAUCUGAGGUGCUUCUUGCCUUGGAAUAUCUACACAUGAUGGGUGUAGUGUAUAGGGACUUAAAACCCGAAAAUGUAUUGGUGAGGGAAGAUGGGCAUAUUAUGCUCUCGGACUUUGACCUCUCGUUAAGGUGUUGUGUAAAUCCGACUCUUGUUAAGGGAAGCUAUCAGCCCAACUGUACAAACACAUCUUACUGCAUUGAACCUCGGUGCAUUGAACCGUCUUGCAAACUACCUGUUUGCGUUGAGCCCUCUUGCUUGCAGCCUUCCUGUUUCAGGCCACGCUUUUUCAGCUCCAAGUCUAGUAAGGUUAAGAGCGAAAAGUUUAAUUUUACAAACACAUCCUCACUUCCAAUUCUUAUUGCAGAACCUACCAAUGCCCGCUCUAUGUCAUUUGUUGGAACACAUGAGUACUUAGCUCCUGAAAUAAUUAGAGGAGAUGGUCAUGGCAGUGCUGUCGAUUGGUGGACGUUUGGUAUUUUCUUGUAUGAACUACUCCAUGGUAAGACACCAUUUAAAGGCAAUGGAAACCGCGAGACAUUGUUCAAUGUAGUUGGGCAGCCCCUCAAAUUUCCUGAGGGUUCACCAGCAAGUUUUGCUGCUAAAGAUCUGAUCAGAGGUCUGCUUGUAAAAGAUCCCCAAAAAAGAUUGGGAUUCAAGAGAGGUGCAACUGAGAUCAAACAACACCCCUUCUUCGAAACUGUAAAUUGGGCUCUCAUUCGCGGUAGUACCCCUCCAGAAAUUCCGAAACCUAUAGACCUCACAAUCUAUAAUCACACAUCCAAAACAUCAUCCGAACCUCCUAAUGACAAACAAGGUGCUUCAGACUCAGAUAGGUCUUCGGGUCCUUAUUUAGACUUUGAAUUUUUCUGAAAUUUCCCUCAUUUAUUUAGGAUAAUCUUUGAUUAGUUAGGAUAAUAUAAAUGCCAUUUGUGUAUCCAUUUUUUCAUCAAUGAAGUUAGGCCUUUUUUCCUGCAGUAUUAUGCUUGGCUUAUUUGUGCUUCAAAAAAAUCAAAAUCAUAUGCUUUUGUGGGGAAAAAAAAACAGUACUACCUUACCCAUUUCUCUCAAAUCACAACGUAUUCUCUUUUGGGACUAUGACUCUACGGAGUAUUAGACUAUAUUCUUUUAAACUUGUUUUCAGUUCAAUUCACCUCAACUCAGUUCAUUAUUUUACUUCAAUUCGAUUCGU